GGGGGAGGUGUGGUGCGGUGCCUGUCUCAAACCCAACGACACUGCUGCUCAGCAGGAAACGUUUGGAAAUGGAUACAUGCACACACAAUGAGUGAACACAGCCAUUGCAUAUGAAAGAAAGCGUCUGUUUUGUGCGGUCCUCAAUCCCCGUGAAGGUGACAGCGGUGGUCGCGCCAUAGGACGCUGCAGGGACCACCUCUCCUUUUUUCCCCGCGAGCCGUCCUAUUUCUCCCCCUGUUUUUCGUUCUCAUACCGAGGAACGACCCUAACGGAUUCGCCUGGUCUUUGGAAUCACUGCGUGCGCUCCUCUCCCAUCUCCGCGCCGCCAAUAUCGGUCAGAAUGGCCCUUACCAUUUGUACGAGAUUUACCGACGAAUACCAGCUAUUCGAAGAGCUUGGAAAGGGAGCAUUUUCGAUCGUCAGACGAUGUGUGAAGAUUUCGAAUGGUCAGGAGUUUGCUGCCAAGAUCAUCAACACCAAGAAGCUCUCUGCCAGAGAUCAUCAGAAACUGGAGAGAGAGGCCAGGAUUUGCCGUCUUUUGAAACACCCCAACAUUGUGAGACUUCAUGAAAGCAUUUCUGAGGAAGGCUUUCACUACCUGGUCUUUGAUCUGGUCACAGGAGGGGAGCUGUUUGAAGAUAUUGUUGCCAGAGAAUACUACAGCGAGGCUGAUGCCAGCCAUUGUAUUCAGCAGAUCUUGGAGAGUGUUCAUCACUGCCAUGUAAAUGGAAUCGUCCACAGGGACUUGAAGCCAGAGAACCUACUUCUGGCUAGCAAGCUAAAAGGUGCCGCCGUGAAGCUGGCAGAUUUUGGACUGGCCAUCGAGGUCCAGGGGGAUCAGCAGGCAUGGUUUGGCUUUGCUGGUACUCCAGGAUACCUGUCUCCUGAGGUGUUGAGGAAGGAUCCAUACGGAAAACCAGUGGACAUGUGGGCCUGUGGGGUGAUUCUGUACAUCCUGUUGGUGGGCUACCCCCCGUUUUGGGAUGAGGACCAGCACCGCCUAUAUCAACAGAUCAAGGCUGGGGCCUAUGAUUUUCCCUCUCCUGAAUGGGACACAGUGACCCCAGAUGCCAAAGACCUGAUCAAUAAGAUGCUGACUAUCAACCCCUCUAAGAGAAUCACCGCCACUGAGGCUCUCAAGCACCCCUGGAUCUGCCAACGCUCAACAGUGGCCUCCAUGAUGCACAGACAGGAGACGGUGGAGUGCCUGAAGAAGUUCAAUGCCAGAAGGAAACUCAAGGGAGCUAUUUUGACCACUAUGCUGGUCACAAGAAACUUCUCAGCAGCCAAGAGUUUGCUGAACAAGAAGACAGCAGACGGCGUCAAGGUUAACAACAAAACCAACAUAGCCACCAGCCCUAAAGAGACAGGCGCUGUCCCAGCACUGGAACCUCAGACGACCGUGAUUCACAACCCUGUCGAUAGAAACAAGGAGUCCACAGAGAGUGUUAAUACCACCAUUGAGGAUGAUGACCUGAAAGCCAAGCGCUUUGGAAGCCUCAGCAUAAACUCUCUGUGGCAGCCCAAGCCCCGCUCCCAGACCACAGAGGCCAGGCAGGUGCCCACCUCCUCGGUCCAGACUUGCCAAGUUAUCAAUAAAGCUCGUAAGCAGGAGAUUAUCAAAGUGACUGAGCAGCUGAUCGAGUCCAUCAACAAUGGUGACUUUGAGGCCUAUGCGAAAAUCUGUGACCCUGGCUUAACAUCCUUUGAACCAGAGGCGCUGGGAAACCUGGUGGAGGGCCAUGACUUCCAUAGGUUCUACUUUGAGAAUGCUCUUUCCAAAGGGAACAAGCCAGUCCACACCAUCCUGCUGAACCCGCAUGUGCACCUGAUCGGCGAGGAUGCUGCCUGCAUCGCCUACAUUCGGCUGACCCAGUACAUGGACGUCAGCGGCAUGCCCCGCACCAUGCAGUCCGAGGAGACCCGUGUGUGGCACCGCCGCGACGGCAAGUGGCAGAACAUCCACUUCCACCGCUCCGGAGCGCCCAGCGUGCCCGUCAAGUAGAGAUGACCGGAACAGCUUGGCACUGUGCUCACAAAGCCCCUGUCAAGAACCCCACCCUCCACCCCUUUCUACUUUGCCCCCUCACACCCAUUCAUCUCUCUCUCUCUCUCUCUCUCUCUCUCUCUCUCUCUCUCUCUCUCCUACUGUCAUCUGCCCAUCUUCCUCUCUUUACCACCCACUCAAUCACACUGAAAAUUGCCAACUUUAUCGAUCCUCCAACAUAUAUAGGCAGAUUGUCAUGUCAGAUGGAAUUUGAGUUAUUUAAGGUAAUACAAUUGUUAGAAUGGGUAUUAAUAUACAGUUUGAUUGCAUAAUUGUGAGUAUAUACUUAGGCAGGUAACAGAUCUGGAAACCUGUGAGGUUUUAGAAUACAACGUCAAAGAAACACUUGAAAAUGGUCAGGCUCGAUGAUAUCCCAGGUAUGAGGUCUAUAGAAAUAGAAGACAGAGGUUUAUGAAUUUUAUCAUUCAGAAUAUUUACAUAUUUGGCCCAUUUGCUGUCCUAUAGUCACGCUCUUUUAUUGCCAUAUCAUAGUCCUCAUAACCUCCAUCUCUGUAUCUCUUACACACUCUCUCUCUCUCUCUCCCUUCAUAUUCACUCUCUUCAGACGUCCAUGUCCUCUAUUGCUUGGAGGAGCUUGUACACUGAACUGUAGCCUUGGGGAAAGAAAAAAAAGCAAAUGCUUUCCAUUUGCAUAAUCAUUUAUCUCUUUCUAUUACAAUUAACAAAAAUAUCUUUUUGUCUUUGUGCGUAUUUUGUAGUUAAUUGAUUAUAAAUGCUUCAGUUUACCCUGGUUGAAGACAGCCACCAACAAAAUAAUCUUGAGAAAUCAGUCACAAGAUGGCACUAUUUCUCAGCCAAUCAUCCCACGUCCUGCCCCCUUCUUGUCAUGAGGGUCGUUUACACCCAAUCGCACAGGACCAGUGUCAAGACAUUUUUUGAAAGGACUCACUUUCUCCAUAAGCGGGCCAUACACAUAUUUGGACAUUAUGAAAAAGAGUGUAUUUUUAACAUAUGACUUAGUUUUUCUGUUUUGGUAUGCAUUUUAAAUGUAUAGAUAUGUGUGUUAUGUAUUUUUAUGUCUGUGUGUGUGUGUGUGCAAUACGAACAAUUUGAAAGAUAAGAAUGUUAAUAUUGAGCUUGCUAUUGUUCUGGUGAUGUACAUAUGUUGUGGUUGUUUAAAAGAAUCUAAAUGAGCAUUCAACUGAUAUUCUCGCUUUCAGCCGAGCUAUGAUUUUAGUAAAUGCAGUUCAAAGGCGAUGUUUUAUUUUUCGCUAGCUUACAAUGUUUGGAACAAAAAUCCAACAGAGAAACGUAAUUGUAAAGGGUAGUUCAACUGCAGACUGUUUGCAGAUGUUGUAUGUUUACCUUUACACGUUGCAUAUUUUAAAAAUUAAAGAUAGGAGAAUGUAGCAUAUAUAAUAUAUAUCAAAUUGACAAAUUGAGUUAUGCAUGGGGGGCUAUUUUCCAGGAUGUGUUAUAUAUUUAUUAUUUAGUUUGUUUAUGUUUUUUUUAAAUUGUGGAUUUAAUGGUCUUCCUAUGGAAACAAUUCUUUUUUUUCCAGUAUCAUCCAAUAAUAACAACACUACCGAUAAUGAUAGUUGUACUACCACAUAUCCAGCACAAUUAAUCAACCAUAAGACUGUAGCUAAUUUUUACCUUUUGUCAGUUGUUGUAGUUCAAUUCUGUCUUUACUACUUUACAUUCAAAUGGCACAAGGAGAGAGGAUCAUUGACUCUCAAGCCACUCUUUCUUUUGUUCGUUGCCAUGCAGUAUGUCAAUCUCCAGACGCGUGGUUACGGAGAGAAGGGAGGAGGCCAAGCCCUCAUAUCUAGCAUGCACACUGCCCAUGUAGCGCUCUUGUGUCUCAUCAUCAGCCAAGAGGAGAAGAGCGGGGGGUCGUACUGAUGUCAGAAUGGUCUUCCUUGAAACCAGGAGCUUUAACCUCUGGUGCGCUCGUGUAAAUGGGACUAUGCCGAUACCAUCAUUGCCGUUUUCUUUUUUUGUUAAUGUACUGUACCUUUUCCUUUUCUUCUCUUGGGGGUUAAGAAAUUCCUCUGCUGAAAGUUGCACCACCACAAGGGCCAAUUUGGAGACAAUAGAGUAAAUCAUUUGCUGCCAUGGUGGCGAUAGAAAUUCAACAUAUUUAAGACACAAUAAAAUUAAAGGUGUGAUAUUUA